AUGCCACGACUAUUUUCGAGGACCUUUGUUGGUCUCCUCGCAUUAUGCAGUCUAUCUCUCACAACUUUCGCUACACCAACACCAACAGGGACCUCCUUCCCAUCUACUAGUACCUCAACUUCAUCUUCAUUAUCCCUACCAACCCUCUCCCCAGUCCACCAUGCCAAAACCCCCACCCUCUCAAUUGAAUACUUCGACUCCGACCCCAACAAUACCACCGCCCCAGUCGCCAUCCUGAUCCAUGGCUUCCCCUACUCAAUCGACACCUACAUCGACGUAGUCCCAGGCCUGGUAGACGAAGGCUACCGCGUAAUCGUGCCCUCCCUUCGCGGCUUCGGCGGCACAACCUUCCACUCCCCCAGCACGCCGCGCAGCGCCGAACAAGCCGCCCUAGGCAAAGACGUAAUCGACCUCAUGGACGCGCUCCACAUCGAAAAAGCCAUCUUCGCCGGCUACGACUGGGGUACCGUCGUCGUCAACGUCGCCGCCGCCCUCUGGCCCCACCGCUGCACCGGCAUGGUCGCGGCAAACAGCUACCUAAUCCAGAACCGCGCGACAGCCUGGUCCGUCGCGCCGGCCGCCUCGUUUCCCGUGAAAUGGUACUACUACGUCUUCCUCACGCCGUUCGGAUACAGCUCGCUGGCCAACGAUACGAAGGGCUGGGCGGAGAUUCUCUGGUCGAGGAACAGUCCCAAUUGGACAUUUACCGAGGCGACGCUCGAUGCUGCGGCGCAGGCGUUGCGGAAUGCGGAUUAUGUCGAUAUUGCGACGGACUUUUAUCGCAAUCGGCUGCUUUACUCCAAGGGGGAUCCGAGUUAUGCGGAUCUGGCAGUUCAAUUGGAUAGUCAGCCUGUUAUUAGUGUUCCGGCAGUUACGCUUGAUCCGGAUCAGGCUGUUGUUUUUGCGGCGACGGAUGGGAUGGCGACAGCGAAGUUUUUUACGGGGAAGAGGGUGCAUCAUGUUGUCAAGGGUGUGGGGAGGCGAUUCCACUGGAGAGGCCGAGGGUAUUUGUGGAUGCUAUUUUGGAGGUUGCAGGGCUUGGUGGGAAGUAGAGGGUUGGCUGUGUACUAG